AUGACCACCGCUGGCAAAAUCGUGAACAACGAAAUCCAUCUACAAUCAAUCCACCAUCAGCAAACACAGCCACAUCAAUUGCACCCGCCCGAACACAGCGACGGGGAACCGGAAACAAAGAAACAAGAAAUGCCUCUAGACACCUCCACCUACUCCCUCGCUCUCCUUCGCCUCGAUGGCCGCCGUUGGAACGAGCUGCGGCGCAUCCACGCGCAGAUCAAUACCCAGGCCGCAGCCGACGGAUCCUCGUACCUGGAGAUGGGCAACACAAAAGUGCUUUGCACAGUGACUGGUCCAGCUGAAGGGCGGCAGGCGGGCCAGCGCGGAGCCAAGGAUAACGAGGCCAAAGUCGAAGUGGAAAUAGGGUUUGCUGGCUUCAGUGGGCUCGAACGGCGGAAACGAAAGAGCGACAAACGAACUCUCGAAAUGCAGCACACGCUUUCAACAGCUUACUCCUCGCUCCUCCUCACACACCUAUAUCCUCACUCCACCAUAACACUCACCUUGCACAUCCUUUCGCAAGACGGCUCAAUGCUCGCCGCCUGCAUCAAUGCUAGCACUCUCGCCCUCAUCGAUGCGGGAAUCCCCAUGUCCGAUUAUCUCGUAGCUUGCACCGCCGCCUCAUCUGCCACCACCUCCGACUCGGACAACAGCGAUCCUCUGCUGGAUCUCAACAACCUCGAGGAACAAGAACUCCCCUUUCUGACUGUUGGCACCCUAGGUAGGAGUGAUAAGGUCAGCGUGCUGAUUUGUGAGAGCCGUGUGCGGAUGGAGAGGAUGGAGAGUAUGUUGGCAGUGGGUAUCGAUGGGUGUAAGCGCAUGCGGGAGAUACUGGAUGGCGUGGUAAAGGAAUACGGGAAGAGAUUUUCAUGA